AUGAGACUGGCGAGCUUUCUCCUCACGUUCAUCGUCCUUGGGGUCACUCCCUCAGCCGCCGCAGGAUUCCAAUCAGUUGCGGAAAGUGAAGAUGCCCUCCUCAGACACUUAUUCCAAGGUUAUCAGAAAUGGGUGCGCCCUGUAUUAAAUUCUAAUGACACCAUAAAAGUAUACUUCGGACUGAAAAUAUCUCAGCUCGUAGAUGUGGAUGAAAAGAAUCAGCUGAUGACAACAAAUGUGUGGCUCAAACAGGAAUGGACAGACCACAAAUUACGCUGGAAUCCUGAUGAAUACGGUGGAAUUCGUUCAAUUAAAGUUCCAUCAGAAUCUCUCUGGCUUCCUGACAUAGUUCUCUUUGAAAACGCCGAUGGCCGGUUUGAAGGCUCCCUCAUGACCAAAGCCAUCGUGAGAUCCAACGGCACGGUCAUCUGGAUGCCCCCCGCCAGUUACAAAAGCUCAUGCACCAUGGACGUCACGUUUUUCCCAUUCGACCGGCAGAACUGCUCCAUGAAGUUCGGGUCGUGGACUUACGAUGGAACCAUGGUUGACCUCAUUCUGAUCAAUGAAAAUGUUGACAGAAAGGACUUCUUCGAUAACGGAGAAUGGGAGAUCCUCCAUGCAAAAGGGACGAAGGGCAACAGGAGAGACGGCGUCUACUCCUAUCCGUUCGUCACAUACUCGUUCGUCCUGCGCCGCCUGCCCCUGUUCUACACCCUCUUCCUGAUCAUCCCCUGCCUGGGGCUAUCUUUCCUGACUGUGCUCGUGUUCUAUCUCCCUUCUGAUGAAGGGGAAAAGCUGUCCCUGUCAACCUCAGUGCUGGUUUCCCUGACUGUGUUCCUCCUGGUCAUUGAGGAAAUAAUCCCGUCUUCCUCCAAAGUCAUUCCUCUCAUUGGGGAGUACCUGUUGUUCAUUAUGAUUUUCGUGACCCUGUCGAUUAUUGUGACUGUUUUCGUGAUUAACGUUCACCACAGAUCCUCUUCCACUUACCACCCCAUGGCCCCCUGGGUGAAACGACUGUUUCUGCAAAAACUUCCUACAUUGCUUUGUAUGAAGGACCACGUGGAUCGCUACUCUUUCCCAGAUAAAGAUGAAAGUCAGCCAGUGGUGAAAGGUAAAACUCUAGAAAAAAGGAAACAGAGACAGGUGAGUGAUGGAGAAACCGUUCUUGUUGCUUUCUUGGAAAAGGCAGCUGAUUCCAUCAGGUACAUCUCAAGGCAUGUGAAAAAGCAGCAUUUCAUCAACCAGGUGGUUCAAGACUGGAAAUUCGUAGCCCAAGUUCUGGACCGAAUCUUUCUGUGGCUCUUUCUGAUAGUGUCAGUUACCGGCUCUGUUCUGAUCUUUACUCCUGCUUUGAGGAUGUGGCUCCACAGUUCCCACUAGCAAGCCAGAGCCGUCUAAAAUACUAUAAAGACAAAAUUACACCUUAGGACUGACCUCCAGCUAGCUGUACAUACAGUAUCCAAAUGCAUGAGCUGCUUAGAAGGGCUUGGGUGGGA